UUUUAAAAGUACUCCAUAAAACAAAAUUAUGGCUUCAUCAAGAUUAGUACACACUAUUUUUGAAUUUAUAACAAUCGUAGCUAUAGUAAAUGGCAACUUAAUAAAGUUUGAUGGACAAUGUCCAUUUGAUGAUAUGAAGCCACUAUCAAUAGAUGCUGCUGAAAUUUUGGGCGGAGCACCUUUAACAAUGACGACAAUUGCUGAAACAACUCCUUUAAGCGGUGCAAACCGGACCGAUACAACUGAAAUUUUGGAAUUUAUAAAGCCUGAUAUAGUUAAAGUUACACUGAUUUGUCGAUCGAAAGAAACUGGUCAAUGUGGUAAAUUUUUUCUUCUUAUGAGACCUUCGCAUCAAUCUGGAAUAUAUAAGGGUCUUUACCAAGUUGCCCCAAAGACAAACUUUGCAAAAUUUAAAGCAGCAUUUUUAUCAUUUGAUCCCGUAACCAUGAAGUCUGUUGGAUUAGCAUGCCAUAAUUUACCAAAUUCCAAAUUUCAAAUUGAAAUUGUCGUAUUGUCAGCAUACACAUCAGUAUACGAUGAAGCCACUCAGGAAGAAGUGAAUAAAGUAUUAAAAUUCAAUAACCUUGAAUUUGUAAUUCCGUAUGUUAAAGGAAUUGAACAAAAUAAUGAAUGCUAACUGUAUGAUACAUUUUGGCAUCAGAAAAUAUCAAUCAUCACUUGUUAAUCACCUUUAAUGCUCUGUCUAAUAUAGCCAGUAGUCAAUAAGUCUAGAAUUUUCGAACUCGAAAAACUGUUUUAGUUAAAGUAUUGUUGGAAUCAAUUCCUUCCGUUCAAAUAUUUUUAUAUAAAUACCUAUUAUAUUA